GGACAGGGUGCGCGGGAGGCACGCAGAGCACAGGGCUGCCUGCGCUCGCUGCGCCUGGGGAAUUGGCUGUGGGCGAGGCGGCCCCGGCUGCCCUUUAUCGCUCGCUGGGCUCGUCUUUUGAAACUUUAUCAGUGAGUCUCACCACUAGCCGCAGACGCGAGCGGCGGGGGGGCGGGGGCGCAGAGGCGCCGGCAGCCGUGACGAGGCGCUCCCGGAGCUGAGCGCUUCUGCUCCGGGCACGCAUGGCGCCCGCACACGGAGUCUGACCUGAUGUAGACUCAAGGGGGUUAAUAUGAACGUCCCUCUCGGUGGAAUCUGGUUCUGGCUCCCUCUGCUCUUGACCUGGCUCACCCCUGAGGUCAGCUCUUCAUGGUGGUACAUGAGAGCUACAGGUGGUUCCUCCAGGGUGAUGUGUGACAAUGUUCCAGGCCUGGUGAGCCGCCAGCGUCAGCUGUGCCAUCGACACCCAGACGUGAUGCGUGCCAUUGGCCUGGGUGUGGCUGAGUGGACAGCAGAGUGCCAGCACCAGUUCCGCCAGCAUCGCUGGAACUGCAACACCCUGGACAGAGAUCACAGCCUCUUUGGCCGGGUCCUCCUCCGAAGUAGUCGAGAAUCGGCCUUUGUUUACGCCAUCUCUUCAGCUGGCGUUGUAUUUGCCAUCACCAGGGCCUGUAGCCAAGGAGAACUAAAGUCCUGUUCCUGUGAUCCAAAGAAGAAAGGAAGUGCCAAGGACAGCAAAGGCACCUUCGACUGGGGUGGCUGCAGUGAUAACAUUGACUACGGGAUCAAAUUCGCCCGUGCCUUUGUAGAUGCCAAGGAAAGGAAAGGCAAGGAUGCCAGAGCCCUCAUGAAUCUUCACAACAACAGAGCUGGAAGGAAGGCUGUAAAGCGCUUCUUGAAACAAGAAUGCAAGUGUCAUGGUGUGAGUGGCUCGUGUACUCUGAGGACAUGCUGGCUGGCCAUGGCUGACUUCAGGAAAACAGGAGACUAUCUUUGGAGGAAGUACAACGGGGCCAUCCAAGUGGUCAUGAACCAGGAUGGCACUGGCUUCACUGUAGCCAAUAAGAGGUUUAAGAAGCCAACGAAAAAUGACCUCGUGUAUUUUGAGAAUUCUCCAGACUACUGUAUCAGGGACCGAGAGGCAGGCUCCCUGGGUACAGCAGGCCGUGUGUGCAACUUGACUUCCCGAGGCAUGGACAGCUGCGAAGUUAUGUGUUGUGGGAGAGGCUAUGACACAUCCCAUGUCACCCGGAUGACCAAGUGUGAGUGUAAAUUCCACUGGUGCUGUGCCGUGCGCUGUCAAGACUGCCUUGAGGCCCUGGACGUGCACACAUGCAAGGCCCCCAAGAGUGCCGACUGGACAACUCCCACAUGACCUCAACAGAGGUCAUAUUCUCCCUUCCUUCCCUCAAGGACUCAAAUUACAUCUGCAAGGACACUGGACCUCUGGGUUGUUUUCAGGGGGGACUGUUUCUUAAGGCAUGUAGCCUUCAUCUCAACAGAAACCCCCUUUUUGGGAACCACAUGCUGCAUAUAAGUAUAUCCUAUUCUGUUUAUCUUGGGCAUUCUGAGAUCACCUCUUUUCCUGCUGAUAUCUUUUUGGAAAUGGCAUGACAGGCUGUUAGAGGAGGAGGGUCAUGGCCCCCCACCACUGUCACCUAGACAUUUCCUCUUUGGGUGUGGGGAGAAACAACCUCACAUAGCAGAGGAGAUUUAUCUGUGUCUUUCCACAGAGUCCAACAGUUCAGAAAGUCCAUACUUCCCUCUGGGGGUCUGGGUAGGUAUGGAAAGCAGAAUCAACUGACUCGCAAAUUUCCUUGUAAUUUUUUAAAAAGACUAAGCAAGGGCUUUAACUAAGUGAUAACUGUUGCUACCAUCCUUGAUGAUUGCCUAGAGAAGGAUGGUUUCAAUAAACAUCAGGUUAAAACA